GCGGAGUCCCGGCCCGGGACACAAGAUGGCGGCAGCGGCGCUGGGGAGGGCGAGGCGGAGGCGGCAAAACGGGCGGUCGAGCAGAACGUGUAGCCGCAUCCCCUCGGGUCCGCUUCGGGCAGCUGCUGAUGCACGGAGUCCCCUGAGUCCCUGUCAACCUCACUGCUGACCAGCCCAUCUACCUGUGCUGCACCUUCCUGUGGGCCUCCCCCUGCUUCUGUGGGACCCCGUGACGUGGGUUCAGUCCAGCCAGAGAAGAAACCCCUCUCAUGCUAGUGUUGCAGACCCCAGAGGGUCCCGCGCGGCUGCUGAGAUGGCCAAUGAGAAUCACGGCAGCCCCCGGGAGGAAGCAUCCCUCCUAAGUCAUUCUCCAGGCACCUCCAAUCAGAGCCAGCCCUGUUCUCCAAAGCCAGUGCGCCUGGUACAGGACCUCCCAGAGGAGCUGGUACAUGCAGGCUGGGAGAAGUGCUGGAGCCGGAGGGAGAGCCGCCCCUACUACUUCAACCGAUUCACCAACCAGUCCCUGUGGGAGAUGCCUGUGCUGGGCCAGCACGAUGUGCUUUCGGACCCUUUGGGGCUGAAUGCAACCCCCCUGCCCCAAGACUCAAGCUUGGUGGAAACUCCCCCAGUGGAGAACAAGCCCAGAAAGCGGCAGCUCUCGGAGGAGCAGCCAAGUGGCAAUGGUGUAAAGAAACCCAAGAUUGAAAUACCUAUGACACCCACAAGCCAGUCGGUGCCCAGUUCCCCCAGCAUCCCAGGAACCCCAACACUAAAGAUUUGGGGUGCAUCUACUGAAGAUAAACAGCAAGCAGCUCUCCUCCGACCCACUGAGGUGUACUGGGACCUGGACAUCCAGACCAAUGCUGUCAUCAAGCACAGGGGCCCUUCAGAGGUCCUGCCCCCACACCCUGAGGUCGAGCUGCUCCGCUCUCAGCUCAUCCUGAAGCUACGCCAGCACUACCGGGAGCUGUGCCAGCAGCGGGAGGGCAUUGAGCCACCCCGAGAAUCUUUCAAUCGUUGGAUGCUGGAGCGCAAAGUCGUAGACAAAGGAUCUGAUCCCCUGUUGCCAAGCAACUGUGAACCAGUUGUGUCGCCUUCCAUGUUUCGUGAAAUUAUGAAUGACAUUCCCAUCAGGUUAUCCCGAAUCAAGUUCCGGGAGGAAGCCAAACGGCUGCUCUUUAAAUAUGCAGAGGCUGCCAGGCGGCUCAUUGAGUCCAGGAGUGCAUCCCCUGACAGUAGGAAAGUGGUCAAGUGGAAUGUGGAAGAUACCUUCAGCUGGCUUCGGAAGGACCACUCAGCCUCCAAAGAGGACUACAUGGACCGCCUGGAGCAUCUGCGGAGGCAGUGUGGGCCCCAUGUCUCCGCUGCAGCCAAGGACUCUGUGGAAGGCAUCUGUAGCAAGAUCUACCACAUCUCCCUGGAGUAUGUUAAACGGAUCCGAGAGAAGCACCUUGCCAUCCUCAAGGAAAACAACAUCCCAGAGGAGGUGGAGGCCUCAGAGUUGGAACCCCGUCUGGUGUACUGCUACCCAAUUCGUCUGGCUGUGUCUGCACCCCCCAUGCCUAGUGUGGAGAUGCACAUGGAGAAUAGUGUGGUCUGCAUCCGGUAUAAGGGAGAGAUGGUCAAGGUCAGCCGCAGCUACUUCAGCAAACUGUGGCUCCUGUAUCGCUAUAGCUGUGUUGAUGACUCUGCCUUUGAGAGGUUCCUGCCUCGAGUCUGGUGUCUUCUCCGUCGAUACCAGAUGAUGUUUGGCGUGGGCCUCUAUGAGGGGACUGGCCUGCAGGGAUCACUGCCUGUACAUGUCUUCGAGACCCUCCACCGACUCUUUGGCGUCAGUUUCGAGUGCUUCGCCUCACCCCUCAACUGCUACUUCCGUCAGUACUGUUCUGCCUUCCCGGACACAGAUGGCUACUUUGGCUCCCGCGGGCCCUGCCUGGACUUCGCCCCGCUGAGUGGUUCCUUUGAGGCCAACCCUCCGUUCUGCGAGGAGCUCAUGGAUGCUAUGGUCUCUCACUUUGAGAAACUGCUGGAGAGCUCACCAGAGCCCUUGUCCUUCAUUGUGUUCAUCCCUGAGUGGCGGGAUCCCCCCACACCAGCGCUCACCCGAAUGGAGCAGAGCCGCUUCAAACGCCACCAGCUGAUCUUGCCUGCCUUUGAGCACGAGUACCGCAGUGGCUCCCAGCACAUCUGCAAGAAGGAGGAAAUGCACUACAAGGCCGUCCACAACACGGCUGUGCUCUUCCUGCAGAACGACCCUGGCUUUGCCAAGUGGGGGCCGACGCCAGAGCGGCUGCAGGAGCUCACCACUGCCUACAAGCAGUCAGGUCGCAGCCAUGGCUCCAGCUCUUCCUCAUCAUCCUCCUCAGAGGCCAAGGACCGGGACUCGGGCCGGGAGCAGGGCCCUAGUAGAGAGUCUCACCCCACUUAACAUAUCCUGCGGGGAGGAGGAGCCCCAGGGGUGCUGUUAUAGACUGCUGGAACUCAGUCCUCAGGGCUGAGCAGGCCCCAGGGCACUCCCUUGGGAUGGCAGCAGGACUUGGGCUGCCAAGGACAUAGGAAUAUUAUGGCUCUGCCAGGACUCCCCCUCCCUGCUCACUCCCCCAGAUUCACCAAAUCCCUUGUAAAUAGGCCCAUGCCUUCCCAGCCCCACACUGACCCUGUUGCUGCCUUGUUUCAUUUGUAAAAGGAAAUACAGAAACUCCCCAAGAGUGUGUGAGGGUCUUGGGGCAGUUGCCUCUGUGACCACUCCCUACCACA